AUUUUGAAAUCAAUGUCCGGAUUGAAAUUAUGGUUGGAGUUACGGAUAUGUUGGGAAAAAUGAGAUUGUCCGGAUGUUGGGCGCUGUAUGUAUCUAAGAUGUUCCUUCAAUCUGGUGUCGAACGAUCUAAAGGUUCUUCCGACGUAAUAUGACGAGCAGUUGUAGGUUACAUUUUUAUAUCACCACGUGGAGAAGUGCAGAUGGUAAUUGAUUGUCCAGUAAUGAAGCUAAGAUGGGAAACUUUUUCGAUGGCUCUGAGCAACAUACAUUCUAUACCCCUUUCAUAAAUUACUCUAACGUAGUAUUUUCAAAUAAUGAACUGUCUCUACUCCAAAAAGGUUUCAAAUUCAAUCCCCCCCAAUCUUCUAAAAAACAACAACUUAGAAAUCUAGAACUACUCGGAGUUGAGAGUGAAAGUAUCUUACAAUCAAUACCACUGGAAAACACAGAAGAAAUUAGGAGCAGUUUGAAAGUAUUACUGAAAAAAGAAAAGGAGGCUAUUUGUAACAACAGAAAGGGCUAUCACAGAAACCCUCUCAAUGAAUAUAAGGACACCAUUAAAUCAAUUGAUAAGAAAAUUAGUGAAAAUAACCUUACAGUCACUAAAGCAGAUAAAGGCAGCACUGUAGUUGUCUUACACACCCAAGACUACCAUCAAAAAGUCACUAAUUUUAUACUAGAUAACCAAUUUCUAACAAAAUCUGUCAAUAUUAAUACUUUCACUACUAAAGUUAGAACAGCCAUCAAUAAAAUCACUGAAGUUUUUGAUAAUACUACUAAAAAGAAACUUUUACCAUCUAAAGCAAACGUUCCCAGACUCUAUGGUCUCAUGAAAAUACACAAGACUGAUGUCUUUGAAAACAUACCAAUCAGACCAGUGGUAUCCUUUACUGAUUCUCCCACUCAUGCAUUAGCUUCUCACUUAAACAAAUUCCUUAAAACCUUUUACAACAAUAAAUUCGAUUAUGUAGUCUCUAACAACUUAAGUUUGACAAAUAAAAUUACAGAAGUUAAUCUUAGUAAUGAAGAUUUAUUGAUUUCCUUAGACAUAACUAAUCUCUUUACUAACAUUCCAACACAAGAAGUUAUCAGUAUUGUUGCUUUAGACUUGUGGAAUAAUAAUUACCAUCCUAAUCAAAUUAUUGAGUAUACAGAGCUUUUGAAUUUGUGUCUGAGUCAGAAUUUCUUUAAUUUCAACAACACCACAUAUGUGCAACCGGACGGACUAGCUAUGGGAUCUCCUCUUUCACCGAUAUUAGCUGAUAUUUUUCUAAAUGACUUGGAAUCUAAUAAAAUAGUGAAAAAUAAUCCAUUUACAGAUUAUAUUAAAUUUUACGCUAGGUAUGUUGACGAUACUUUAAUAAUAUGGAAUGGCACAAUUGACAUUCUUCACGAUUUCUUAGAUUUCCUCAAUACUUUACAUGACACUAUUAAAUUUACUUUAGAGAUUCAGAAUGACUCAAAGAGUUUGAACUUUUUAGAUCUUACAUUGACACUCAGAAAUGGAACGAUUGACUUUGGUAUUUAUAGAAAACCAACCCAUACAGGUACAGUUAUCCCUGCCGAUUCACACCACCCCAUACAACAUAAACUGGCUGCUUUUUAUAGUUACAUCAACAGGCUUGUCUCUAUCCCAUUGACUACAACUUCAUUUAACAAAGAAUUAAAAAUUAUCCAACAAAUAGCAGUUAAUAAUGGUUAUACUGUGGACUUAGUAAAUAAAAUUUUACACAAAAAAACAAAUAGAAUUUUAGAACAUCGAGUAUAUACACAGCCUAUUCUAGUCGAACAGGAGCCAAAACCAUAUAGAUCAUUAACAUUUACAGGUCAAUUCUCUUACAAAUUAGCUCAUAUUUUUAAAUAUUACUGUAAUAUUUCUUUUAGAACUAAUUCAAAUUUAGGUUUGGUUUUCUUGAAUAACAAGGACAGUCGUGAUAGAUCUGAGUGUUGUGGAGUUUAUGAGCUUAAAUGCCAUACCUGCUCGUCAUAUUACGUCGGAAGAACCUUUAGAUCGUUCGACACCAGAUUGAAGGAACAUCUUAGAUACAUACAGCGCCCAACAUCCGGACAAUCUCAUUUUUCCCAACAUAUCCGUAACUCCAACCAUAAUUUCAAUCCGGACAUUGAUUUCAAAAUUCUUCACAUCUGCAAAAAGGGCCACGUCCUGAAUAACCUGGAACAUUUUGAGAUUUUAAAAUCUUUAAAGGACCCUACUAGACAUACAUUGAAUGCCCAAUUAGAGCUUGAAUUUAUACCAGCUUAUUCAGUUUUACUAUAAAAUAACCCACUCUUACUACAGUACACAACCCGACAUCUAAUUAAAAGUUCAAACCUGCAAAAUCUAAAAUUUUAUUUCAAAUCUAUCUUUCAAUAUACAUACACCAACAGCAGUUAUCGUACCCGCCUUUUCAUUCAAACUACUCCAUAGUUCCAACUCACAAUCUUAUACACACUCUUACAAAAUUUUUUAAAAAGUUACAACAACUACUCACUCUUAAUUUCUAAAAUCCCGCUAAUUUUAAUUUUAUUCAAAUCCAUUCUCCAUUGUUCGUCUCCUGUAGAAUUUGAUGAUUUUGUAGCUCAGUACACAGCCAAGUUUCCCAUCUUAGCUUCAUUACUGGACAAUCAAUUACCAUCUGCACUUCUCCACGUGGUGAUAUAAAAAUGUAACCUACAACUUUUUUAAAAUGUCAGAAAAUUUGCUGGUAUGGCAUUUGAGCUCAUUCUGUUAAUAUCUCAUAGUUGCCUGACCGUUUGAACAUUUAAUACGGAGUCUGAUCAGUGCAAUAUUCUUAAACAUUAAACACGUGUUUCUCAAUAUAAAAAUGUCACCCUAAAUUAUUUGUAAUUCACUAAGACUACACAUUUUAUAUUAUAGCUUUAUAAAUUUAAUAAGUUCCGAUAUGGAAGUGCAUGAUCAUUUUGUACAAGUUAUCAAAACCUUUUAAUCUAUUAAAUACUUUAAAUUUAUAACUUACCAUUUAUGGCGCAUGAGGAAGUUGGUUGGCACCAAUACUUAAAUACAAAUAGGAUUUAAACAAACUUUAGGUUCUCUUUUAAAUUAACACCCCCCCCUACCUCCCUCUACACACCUGUCAUUAAACAUUCCGCUUCCUUUGACCUCGUUGACGUGGCAUUGCCACGACUGCAAUAUUAACAAUACUACCAACCAACUUUCUUUUAUUUUUCUUUUUCUUUGUCUUUGUUAUAACUUUCACGUUUUAUAUCUGUUUUCAUUUACUAAAUUUAAAUAGACUAGGUUAAUCAAUUUAUCUUACUCAUCUACAAUUAUGCAACAGGUGAUAUGCUUGUACGUUAGAUUAUGCACUGCCUACUUACACUUAAACUCAACACUUCUUCUCUACUUUAAUUCUUCUCUACUUGAAUACUAAUGUAGAAUAAUACAUCUGUCAUCUUUUAAUCAUGUACUUUUAUUAUUGUUACAACAUUUUUUCACAAUAGUGGUUACACAUAUAGUUUAGAUUUUGUUAUUAAUGCUAUAAAUUAACAACUAUCUUUUUUGUAAAAUUUGAAAAUGCUGUAUACUUUAUGUUACUAAGAGAUUUAAGUAAAAUAGGCAAUUACUGUACAACAUUUGAGAAGAAGUGUUUUGACAUUUCAGAUAACCUACAUCUGUCUACACUGUCAAUAUUCCCUCUUGAAAACACAAAAACUAGACUUCAAUUUAGGAAGUAAAAACUAAGUUAAAUAGUAAUUGGGGAAAUGUAGUGCUA